CGGCGCGGGCGAGCGCGGCCGGGCUCCGGCCGGCACUGCCGCAGGGAUGGCGGCGGCCGCGGCGAGGGGCUCAACCCCCAUGGGGAGCGCUGCGAGCCGCCCCGUGACCCGCUGAGCGCCCUCCGCCUGCGCGCUGCCGUUACCCCUCCCCGCGGGCCGGCCCGGCUCUGCAGUCGCCAUAGAGACCGCGCCGCACGCCAUGGGGCGGAGGCUGGGCCGGGGGGCGCCGCUGUAGCCCCCGCCCCGCGCCGCGGACACCAUCACCUGUGGGGCCGGGGGCGCCGCCGGGACUCGCCGCGCCGCCCCGAGGAGCCGCCGCCUCGGCCCCGUUUCAGCUCUGGUUUGUGGCAUGCGUGUGACGGCUGCUGUGUGGGCACGGCUGGAUGGGAAGCGGGCUGUCUGUCGCCUGGCGCUCUGAGUGCUGGAGCCAUUAGCGGCACUCGCAUCGAUCCGUGCAUACAGAUAUGCCCGGCUAGGCCGCGGGUGCGCGCACCACGGCGCCCAGGGGAGCACAAGCUGCGUGUGGAACGGCGUUAAAAGCACGUUAUUGCCCGUACUGUUAGCUUGACAAAGAGGAAGUGGGGAAGCACCUGGUUCCCGAGUCUACAGAUGAUCUCUGGAGCUGCAGCGGCAUCCUUAGGCUUCUGUUGUCACUCUAGAGCAAAAGCAAUGAGAGGACAAAGCUUGCUACGAGUGACUGGUUAAAUGGAAGCCAUUCCUGGGAUCUGGAUGGUUUCUACUGACGCAGACUUUGCAUAGCAGCUCCAUCACCUCAGGAGGUUGCAAUGAGUGGAGGAGGGGAUCAGCCUGACAUCCUCAGUGUGGGAAUAUUGGUCAAAGAAAGAUGGAAGGUGUUGAGAAAAAUAGGAGGUGGAGGAUUUGGAGAAAUCUACGAUGCACUGGACUUGCUUACUCGGGAAAAUGUUGCACUGAAGGUCGAAUCAGCUCAGCAGCCAAAGCAAGUGCUGAAAAUGGAAGUAGCUGUGUUGAAGAAGCUGCAAGGAAAAGAUCAUGUCUGUAGAUUCAUAGGAUGUGGACGGAAUGACAGAUUUAACUAUGUGGUCAUGCAGUUGCAGGGUCGGAACUUGGCAGACCUGCGUCGUAGCCAAUCUCGAGGGACAUUCACCAUUAGUACCACUCUGCGCCUUGGGAAGCAGAUUCUGGAAUCUAUUGAGAGUAUUCAUUCUGUGGGAUUCCUGCACAGGGACAUAAAACCAUCAAACUUUGCAAUGGGACGUUUUCCAAGCACCUGUAGGAAGUGUUUUAUGCUGGAUUUCGGCUUAGCACGGCAAUUUACCAACUCAUGUGGGGAUGUCAGACCACCACGAGCUGUUGCUGGCUUUCGAGGAACGGUACGAUACGCAUCAAUCAACGCUCAUAGAAACAGAGAAAUGGGUCGGCAUGAUGACCUCUGGUCUCUCUUCUACAUGUUGGUGGAAUUUGUGGUUGGGCAGCUGCCUUGGAGAAAAAUAAAAGAUAAGGAGCAAGUGGGCUCCAUUAAAGAAAGGUAUGAACACAGACUUAUGUUGAAACAUCUUCCUCAAGAAUUCAACGUCUUUCUGGAUCACAUUUCUAAUUUGGAUUACUUCACAAAGCCUGAUUACCAGCUUCUUAUGUCUGUGUUUGACAACAGCAUGAAAACGUUUGGGGUUAUUGAAAGCGACCCUUUUGACUGGGAGAAGAGUGGAACUGAUGGCUCUCUGACAACAACAACAACUUCAACCACUCCUCAGCUGCACACUCGUCUUACGCCGGCUGCAAUUGGAAUUGCCAAUGCCACUCCUAUCCCAGGAGAUUUGCUGCGGGAAAAUACAGAUGAAGUAUUCCCUGAUGAACAGCUCAGUGAUGGAGAGAAUGUUAUUCCUGUUGGUGUAUCACCAGAGAAACUACCUGGAUCCCCUGGACAUCAGCGUCCUCAGGAAAAAGAUGUUUGGGAAGAAAUGGAUGCAAACAGAAACAAAAUAAAACUGGGGAUCUCUAAGGCUGCCACAGAGGAAGAAAACAGCCACGGACCAGGGAAUGGAAUGCUUAAUGCCCCAAGCCUCGGUUCUCCAAUUCGAGUUCGCUCAGAGACCACCCAGUUAGACAGAGAUGUUCCACUGGUGCGGAAGUUACGCUCCAUUCACAGCUUUGAACUGGAGAAGCGUAUGACCUUGGAGUCUAAGCCCGACACUGAUAAGUUUCUUGAGACCUGUUUGGAGAAGAAGCAGAAAGACUUGAAAGUGGCAGAGACUCCUGUUGCUGCUGUUCCUCCUCUUUCUCAGAAAACAUCUCUUCCUGCUCCUGUGACUGCCCGCACGGACCAUGUUUGGCACUAUGAUGAAGAGUAUCUUCCAGAUGCUUCAAAGCCUGUGUCAGCUAAUUCUCCUGACCAUGCUGAUGGUGUUAUGAGCAAUGGAUUUGUAGCUGUUAACCUAAGCUCCUGCAGGCAGGAGGUUGAUUCUAAGGAAUGGGUGAUAAUAGAUAAGGAACGGGACUUGCAGGACUUCAGGACAAAUGAGGCUUUAGGGCACAAAAUGACUGGAAGUCCCUCAGAUGAAGAGCCAGAGGUAUUACAAGUUCUAGAGGAGUCCCUUCCGGAAGAGCAGUCCAGAGAGGGCGGUUGGGCAGGAAAAAAUGUCCAUGCCAAGAACCAAACUUCAGGGGUGGAGUUUGUUCUCGACAUGGAAUGUCAUCCUGCUGCAUCUGAACAGCUUACAGAUAGAUUGGAGCUUCUGUCUGGGGCUGCAGGACAGCUUCUUGCGGCCACCCCUACAAGUCCUAUGGAAGCUCAAGCAGAAGGAGCAAUCACUCCGCUCAACUCAUGUCAUAUGCUGCAUUUCUCCACUCCAAGAAUUUCAAGUCCCAUCCUCCGCACCAUGAGCCCUAUAGCCUAUCUGUCCAUCCACUCGGACCCUCUGAGGGAGGCUGCUUUGCCAAGGAGUCAGUCAGCUGAGAGCCACUCCUCUUCCUCCCGCUCAACUGCCCGUAGGCAGCUUCCUGUCAUUCCCUGUGGCAGCAAGUGCCCCCCUGUCAUUCGCAUCUCAAAAGCACAACCUGAGCAGAUAACAAUACCCAGACCUUCAGUGGCAUCCACACAGUCUGCUUCGGAGAGCUUUCACUAUGGCCACCAGCUGGAGAGAAGAGAGCAGGAUGGUCAGUCUGUGGAACACACUGUGGAGCUUUCCUCUCCAAAGGAAAGUUUGCCAGGUUUGGUUGGGACAGAAGAUGCACUUCCAGCUAGUGCCAGCAGACCAGAUUUGGUACUUAAUAUUAGCCAAGAGGUGCUUGACAGGGGAGGACUUGUCAAAGAAUCUGACAGUGUCCUGGACUGUGACCAAAAGGACCUACCUGAACACAAUGGGAUACAGGAAGAGAAAGAGCUUGGAAAUAUUCCUGUGGAGGAGGCUGAGGAAGAAGGGCUCCCACUGGUUUCUGAGGAAGCCAUUGAAAUGCUAAGCAAAGAACAGAAUUCUUCUUUGCCAGGAAACUCAAAAUCUGCAGAGGAAGAACCUCUAACAAAUACUGAAGCAGCUCAAGAAUCCAAGUCAAGGCCUGUCUGUUUGGUGCCAAAUCAAGAUGAGGUUCUGAAGUCAAUAGCACCUAAAACAUCAGAAUUGUCUCCCUCAAGACUUAAUAACGCACAUGUUACUAGACAGGCAAGCAAAAUAGCAGCCAUUCAGGAAAAUGGUUUUCAUUCUGAUAAGGAGGAAGUCCAUAGCCAAGACCUGAAAUGCCACCAAGUGGCCCUUACUACUAUUUUGCAGCAGGAGAAUAAAAAAGAGAAAAAUGCUCCCAGAAAUGGAGAAUUAUUCCAUUGCAUUUCAGAAAAUGAGAAUUCUUAUCGAUCUAAGAAGGACCCUGUUAAAUCUUCUUUUGUAUUCAGGCAGAGUCGAAUCCCAGUUUUAGCACAAGAGAUAGACUCCAUGUCAGAUUCCUCUUCUGUUUCCGCAAAGGAAAAACUUCUUCUAAAAAAGGCCCAUCAGACAGACUUGGUGAAAUUACUUAUGGAAAAGAGACAGCUCAAAUCUUUCCUUGGUGACCUCUCAAGUGCCUCUGAUAAGUCACUGGAGGAAAAAAUGGCUGCUGCUCCAGUACCAUUUUCUGAGGAUGAUGUCUUAGCUUCGUUUUCUAGAUUGACACUGGACUCUCAUUUCAGCAAGCAGAAUGAAGAUAGCUCUUUAUCUCCAAGCAGCCCUCAGUCCAGAAAAAGCAAGAUUCCAAGACCAGUGUCUUGGGCAACCACUGAUCACGUCACCAGUUCAAGUUCAGCUCAGUUCUUUCCUCGGCCACCACCAGGAAAACCACCUACUAGACCUGGGGUAGAAGCUAGGUUACGCAGAUACAGAGUCCUAGGCAGUAGCAGCUCGGACUCAGAUCUUAUCUCUCGUCUGGCUCAAAUCCUGCAGAAUGGAUCUCAAAGACCAAGGAGUUCUACCCAGUGUAAGAGUCCAGGAUCUCCUCAUAGUCCAAAAACGCCACCCAAGAGCCCUGUCAUCCCCCGCCGGAGUCCCAGUGCCUCCCCUAGGAGCUCCUCUUUACCCCGUACUGCCAGUUCUUCUCCAUCCCGGGCUGGGAGAUCCCAUCAUGAUCAGAGGAGUUCAUCCCCACAUUUUGGUAGGAGUAAAUCACCUCCUAGCCAUUCAGGCUCCUCAUCUUCUAGGAGGUCCUGCCAACAAGAGCACUGCUGCAACAAAACGAGCAAGAAUGGUCUGAAAGGAUCUGGCAGCUCUUUCCACCAUUCCCCAAACACUAAGACUUCCACAGGAAAGAGCAAAUCAACUACUAAGCUUAGCAGAUAGGAACUGGGUCUUGACAGGUAUAAAGUCUCCUCCUAAAUCUGAUGCAUGUUGUGUCUGUGUACUGUGUAUUUAAAAAAUAAUCAAAAAAAAGUAUAUUAAAAAAAAAGGUGUUGAAUCUGCACAUUUUAAAGAAAGUAGCCAUUGUAAACUAUUCAUGAGAAAGCAUUCUGUGUAAAUAAAUGACCAGGCUUUGCCUUAGAGCAGGCAGCAAGCAGAUCCACAAGAUGGGAAGUAGAGGCCAGGGUAAGAAUGGCUGGGUAGUCAAAGAGGUGCAAUGUAUUUAGAGUGAAAAAGUAUCUUGAAGAUGAGUGUUUUAAAAUGGUAUUAAUCUUGAUGUGUUUAGUUUCCCUAGUUAGAAGAUUUGGCCUAAUUAUUUAAGGCUUUGCAUACUCAAGGAGUAUGUAAGAAAGCCUGAAACAGUUUUUCCCAAAAUGAUGUCACUACUCGGGCGAUAAGUACUCCUCAAGCAUUUCUUUGCAGUUUUAAAAAAAGCACACACUUCAGAUGAUAUUUCUGCCUUAUAAAUUUCUUCCAUUUUGAGCUGCACUCACCUCUGAGUCACUGAGUGCUUAUUUUCUCCCCUAUCAUGGCACAGAUUUCUUACCUAAAUAUCAUGUACCUUACCCCUUCUUGACACUGAUGAAAUUUAAAAUAAUAAUAUUUGACAAGAAGUUUUUGUACCAAUAUUAUUUAGAAAUUUGCUUAGCAGUAAUUAGGAUUCAAGAAGUCGAUUCUCAGUUCUAUGUCAUACAGUUUUCUGGGAGUCAUAGUGGGGUUCUUCAAACCACAUUUGGUAGGAUUUGGAAAAGCAUUCCCUCCUAGGAAAUAAGAGAAAGGAGUAGAUGUAUGCCCUUCACUGGAUCUUGCAGAUUUACAGUAAAAUGCAAUAUAAGUUAAAAAAUAAGAACCUUUCUUUACCCCCUUAAUUCAACUGAAAAAACCCCUUUGUUAUUGCUGACUUUUGUUUUUCCAUUAGUUAUGGAUCACUUACAAUGCAGAUAUGAUUACCAAUCAAGUUUUGGAUUUUUGGUCAUUUGUUUUCUAAAAUUAUAAAAGAUGAAACAGAGAUGAGGAAAUUGUCUACUUCAUGAACUUGAUAGGUUAGCGCUGACUGUAAUAUACUUAACACCCUUACAAAAUCUGGGUAAGAAUAUGAAUCAUCAAAGAAAAAUAUAUGGAAAGAAAUUUGAGAUAUUUUUAUAUUUGAUUCUUGUAAUUCAGUUUCCCAAAUGUGUUUUUUUAUAUCCAGGCUUUGUUGACUCUCAGGAAAGUCCAUGGUGUUUAAUUUUUCCAACUUUAUUAGGUAGUUACUUAGUAACAUCUUGUGCUCUGCAGGAACCCUGUAGGGAAUGAAAGGUUCAGCGCCUUUUGCUGUAUUCAGAAAAGCAUAGUGGGUCAGAAUAGGGACAGACAAGAAGACAAGCCUGAGAAAGAUUCAGCCAGCUCUCCUCCCUGAUGAUUCCUGUUGUGGGGACUCUGGAUGCAUAGGAGACCUGUCAAUUACUGAUCUGCUUGCUGUAGUCAUAUGCCUCUCCAGCCAGCAUCUGUGUUUUUUUAUUUAACCUCUGCCAAAUGAAUACCUUUGAAUUUAAAAGGGAAUAUUUUGUCUUUGAGCUAACACAUUCUAAUGCUGCAUUAAAGCUGCCCUAGAGCUGCACUGAAUUUCACUUGCUUUGUCAGACUAUGUUGAUUUUUUUCUUUUCUUACUAUGUAUAUUGUUUCCCAUAUGUAAUGUAGCACAGUGUGGAACCUUAAUUUCAUUCAGGUUUCAAGCACUACAGAUGAAUGCAAUAGGUAGGGUAUACCUGCUUUUUCUGAAGAAACUGUACCAUUGCAAAUUCCCAUUCCUUUGUAUUAUAUUGUAUAAUAGGUGCUAUACCAAUAAUUGCAUGUCCUCAUGGUAAAUUAUAUAAUAUAAAUAUUUAUAUAUACAUAUAUGUACAUGCUUAUAUAAACUCAUUCUUUCUCAUUUUUCACUUGUAAUUUAUGGACCACAAAUAAUACAGUUCCCUUUCUGUUAGUUCCUGUAUACUUACCUCUUCUAUUCUCCCCUGUACCCCUGCCAAGAAAAUCUGGAAUGCACAAAUUCUAAUAGCCUUUAUACCUUGGUACAAAAUUGAAGGACUGCUGAUUUCUCAACCAGCCAGUGUUUUGUGUUGCAGCUUGUUGUUUUUUUUUUUUUUAAUUUCUAAUUCCAUGUGCAUAUUUGCAUAUGGAACAAGAACAAAGACUCAAAAUGUAUUUUUAUUUUUUAUUACAAAUAGGUUUUAUUCAUUUUUAUUUCAUGAUGUGAGUUCUUAAUUGUGAAUACUUGUCAUAUAGGAACAGUGACAGUCUAUGAAUACCUAAUGGAUGAAUGUGACAACAACAAAUUCCAUCUUUUCCUUCCUGUUUUCUACAUGUUUCCUUAUGGUAAAAAAGAAUUUGGUCACAUUGUGAUGUUUUUGUCCUGGGCACUUGCUGGAAUUAUUUGUUAAGGUGGUUUGGCAGCCCAUAAUUAUUUUUCCUUAUUUCUGAAAAGCAUUUAUUAUCAUCCUGUAAGUUUAUUCCUACGUUAUACUGUCAGUUUUCAUAAGUACUAACUUUAUGCAUCGUUGCCUGAAAAUGCUGAAGUUGAGGUGUUUGUAUUUUCUCUCUAGUAUAACAGGAUCCCGAAACGGUAACUGCUUCACAGGUGAGAAAGCAUAUAACACCUCUUUUAUGUUGUCUUCAAAGUACAACCUUGUCCAUUGUUAGACAGUACUAUGUAAAAUAAACCAAUGCUGUAGAAACUCACUUGUACUUGAACUACUUGCCAAUGUAAAAAUAGUAAACUAUGCCAAAAAAAAAAAAGAGAAAUCAGUCAUGAUUGGUGACACA